AUGACCACCACUCACUUGGUUCAGUUCUGCGACAGAAUCAUAGAAACAACAAUCACAUACCACAGUUCCAUAGCCGAUGAUUGGGUGCGGAGCAUUCGAUCCAAGCACAAUGGACAAAAGAUAAUAGUAGGCUUGGACUGUAAGUUUAGAUCUCACCCCAUCAGAUCAAUGAGUAACAAGAUUGCAACCUUACAGCUAUGUGUUGAGACCAACUGUCUUAUAGUCCAACUGUUCUACCUGGACUACAUUCCCAUUUCCCUUGGGAAUUUGUUAGUCGACCCUGACAUUACGUUUCUUGGAAUUGAGGUUUAUUACAAUGUGUUGAAGCUACAGAAAGAAUAUGGGAUAAAUUGUCGCAACAAGGUUGAUAUUCGUUCAUUAGCAAAAAUAUGGUUUCCGAUAAGCUGUCAUCGAAACCCUGCAGGUUUAAAAGCUCUUGCAUAUGGAGUGGCAGGGCUUUCCACGCGGAAACGCAAGAACAGCUCUGAGUGUGAUUGGGAAUGUAGGGAUCUUGGUGAUGAGCUGAUUGAGUAUGCCUGUGUUGAUGCUUAUGCUUUGUAUAGAAUUGGGCACGAGCUGCUUAAGAUGUAG